AUGGCCCGUUCUCUGGAACAACUUGCACAGGAACAAACGAUGCGAUUUUUUUUGUUGCGAUCUCAAGCAAAUCGAUACGGCAAUGCGUCGCGGAGGCAACGAGAAUGGUUCGACAAUGGCAUUGCUCUUCUUCUGCCACUUAUUGGUCAAAACGAAGAGGCUUUCGGUACAUUCUGCUGGUACUUUCGCAUUUUUAUGCAACGACUUCAAGAAGUAAAUCCACAUUUGGUCAUCCCCACGUUGACCCCCUGGAACGAAUUCGACCGGAACACUUUGCCAUAA